AUGGAGAGCGAUGUGGAAGAAUCUCUGCGGAAGAGGCCCAGAAAAUACCCUUCUUUCGCCGAUUCAUCCUCUCGCAAGCAGUUUGAACAAUAUCCUGGACGGCCAUUUGCCAUUAUGGGGGAAGUGAAUUUUAUGCAAGAUGAUGAUCAUCGAUUGGAGAUUACCCGAACUAGAUUUGGAAGUUUGCUUAAAAGACAUGGAGAUUUGACAGAACGUCUUGCUAGGGAUUCAGACAAGAUAGUAUUUGAGCGUCUACAAAAAGAGUUUGAAGCUGCACGAGCUUCUCAAACUGAAGAGAUAUGUUUGGAUGGGGAUGCGUGGAAUGAUGGUCUACUAGCUACAAUAAGAGAGCGGGUGCAUAUGGAGUCAGACAGAAAAGCAAUGCAUGGGGAUGCUGACAUAUUAUCAUGUCCUCUGGAUAAAAUUACGUAUAAAAUUGGAAACAAGGUAAUUUGCUGUUUGGAAGGCGCAAGAAUUGGUGUACAAUAUGAGACAACGUAUGCUGGUGAACCUUGUGAGUUUUACCAUUGUGUGCUGGAGAGUAAGUCAUUUCUUGAAAAAAUGACUGUCCUUGAACACACAGUUCCAUUUUUCCUGCCAAUACGUGAAAUAGAAAAUGAUCUCCUUUCAUCCAAUGCAAUGAAAUUCAUAGAUCAUGUAGGAGAUCUAUUGCAGGCUUUUGUGGAUAGACGGGAACAGGUCAGACUUAUAAAGGAACUAUACGGAAAUCAAAUUAAAGAGCUGUAUCAUAGCCUUCCCUACCAUAUGAUCGAACUUGUGUUGGAUGAUUCUGAUUGCAAGGUGACAGUCAGCCUUCGAUAUGCUGAUCUAGUUUCGGUGCUUCCGACUCGAAUCUCAGUGCUAGCCUGGCCAAUGUUCAAUAAAAGUACUACAGCAACUUUGAACAGGAAGGAAGAUGGACUUUCAGGAAGUCAUUCUGCUCCAAUUCGCUUAACGUAUGCAGAAGAUGCCUUACGAACCAUGAGUUUACCUGAAGCAUACGCAGAGAUUGUAUUAAACUUACCACAAGCGAUUCAGCAGACGUGUCAUCAAAAAGCCCCCGUUUAG